AUGCUCGCCUCCAAGAUCGACAAGGAGAUCUUCAGAGAGCAAAGCAUGAAGAAGGUCCGUAUCCCAGGGACGAACCAGAGACGGAUGAAGAGGAUGAUGACACCGAGAACGAAGACACUGAGAUUGACAGUGAGAACGAGGAGGAUAACGAGGAGGGAAACGAGGAGGAUAACGAGGAGGACGUCGAGGAGGAUAACGAGGAGGAUGUCGAGGAGAAAGAAGAGAAAGAAGAGAAAGAAGAAGAGUUUAAUGAAAUAUUAUAGCCUACAAGAUUACUUGGAGAUAGCAUCAUCAAAGCUGCCCUCACAGCAGUCCUCGAAGUGGAGCUCGGACUCAUGCACGGAAUUAUGGCCAAGCUGGGAUAUGGGUAGAGUGUCAAUAAACCUGUUCUUCAUAAUGAGGUCAUUCUCUUGCCUCCUCAUCCACACGGUCACAAGGUAUCCAAAGGCAAACUUCAAGAGGAGAGCAAAGACGCUAAUGAACACGAGUGCCACAGAGACGACGACGUACUGUAACAUGAUUUCAAUGGAGAAGGCGCGCGGAGCAGUCCAGCUUGGCAAGGCUGUGGAUGAUGACGAACAGGCUGUAGACGACGAGAUUGCAGCAGACCACUCCAAAGUUGGGUUUGAUGAGAUCCUAUCUCUCUCCAUCUUUGCCAUCCUCACCGCCACAGUGCAGUUCACCCUCUCCUUUUGGCUCAUGUAUGACUGGCCUGGCAUCACCAACUGGUUUGUCUUCAACAAGUGCGAGAGCAUCAGCUACAUUAGCGAGAACAUUGAGCUCAACAAAGGGACUGCGAGCAUCAUGGUGAUCUCCAAUGAUUGUACCGAGCUGGGUCAUACUCGGCAUCAUGUCGAGCUACGAGGCUCCAUUCACUCUGGAUGGAGAGACUAA